GACUGCAACGGUAAGAAGAAGAAGAGCUGUCACGUUGUUGCGGCGAAAACAAGCAGCAGUCCAACAAUAAGUGAGUGAAGGUGAAAUGGGGCGCUCAUCCAAAGACAAACGAGAUAUUUACUACAGACUUGCGAAGGAGGAAGGAUGGAGGGCGAGAAGUGCCUUCAAACUCUUGCAGCUGGAUGAGGAGUUCAAGCUGUUUAAAGGUGUUAGUCGUGCUGUGGAUCUGUGUGCAGCACCUGGCAGCUGGAGUCAAGUCCUGAGCCGCAAACUACGUGGAAAAGACAAGAGUGAAGAGGUCAAGAUUGUGGCAGUUGAUCUGCAAGCCAUGGCACCUUUACCAGGCGUCACACAAAUUCAAGGAGAUAUUACCAAGAUUUCUACAGCAGAGGAGAUUAUUCAACAUUUUGAAGGAGAGUCCGCAGACUUGGUUGUGUGUGACGGUGCUCCUGAUGUGACAGGGCUUCAUGAUGUAGAUGAGUAUAUUCAGGCACAGCUCCUUUUGGCAGCUCUAAAUAUCACCACACAUGUUCUCAAACCAGGCGGCAACUUUGUUGCAAAAAUAUUCAGGGGGAAAGAUGUGACCCUGCUGUACUCGCAGCUCAAGAUCUUCUUUAGCUUUGUGACCUGUGCCAAACCACCCAGCAGCCGUAACUCUAGCAUUGAGGCAUUUGUGGUGUGUCAGAAUUACUCUCCACCUGAGGGUUACGUUCCCAACAUGUCUAACCCUUUACUGGAUCACUCUUAUGAUGUCGACUUUAACCAGUUGGAGGGACCAAACCGAAUAAUAGUCCCUUUCCUUGCUUGUGGAGAUCUCAGUGGCUUUGAUUCAGACAGAACAUAUCCUCUUCAGCUUGAUUCUAGCAAAGAGUAUCAGUAUUUACCCCCAACCCAACCUCCGAUUCGGCCUCCCUACCAGCAGGCCUGUCAGCUGCGCAAGAGUAACCUGUUAGCCAAAGAGGACUCGCCAUCCGGUGUGCUGGACGAAGCCCUGACUGCUUUAGAUCUCAACACGGAAGCAGACACAAACACAACUACACCAGGAACCUCAGAUUAAUGGAUUUGUACAGCUUCUAGUUUUACUUUACACUAUCAAGAAUGUGUUUGUCACGGGAACAUCUUUGUACUCUAUUUACACCUACAUUUUCAUAGUAUUAACAAACCCACAGAGAUUUUACUCCUAGAAGAUUUGUAUUUUAGAGGUAAAUAAGGUACAAAGGUUUCUAUGUUCCUGUCUCCGUGUAAAGCUUUUAUUUAAUUUUUCAUGCAUUUUUGGAUUGUAAUUAAUGUAACUUUUAUGCAUUUUAUUCUUUCUGACUGUAUUACAUUUACCAUUCACAGAACUGUUUCAGUAAGUCGCUGAAACUACCUGAUGACUUUUAACUUCAGCUUUACAUGGUAAUAAAACGCUCAAAUCUA